AUGAGUGAUGCUUUGCUCCUUGCCGGCUUGGUGCGUGAGGUGGCGCUCAACGGUGGUUCUGUGGCUGCAGGUGAGCUGCUGCGAUAUGACCGACAGCUGCGGAAGUGGCUAGGUGAUAGGAAGCUCCUACAAUUCAUUGCCCAGCAUCAGACUGUCUUCAGUAUAGAAGGUCAGCAGGUGACCCUGCAACCUGGAGCCAUGCAAACCUCCGAGCCAAGCAGCACAAGCUUGGGAGGUGACCUGCCAGAGUUUGAUAAUUCAACUGAUCCAAGUGGCGAAGUCUAUUGCAGCAGCUGUGGUGCGGCUCUUCCGUCAAGGAACCGGCUCUUCGCCCACCUUGCUGCAGCUCAUGGCUUGCGCAGACCCGACGAAGUGAAGGCUCCCAAGGUUGCUGCUGAUGAUCACCUGGAGCGCGGGCUCCAGCGUGAAACCAUAGAAGGGCUUCGCUUUGUGAUGGAAACACGCGGUGAGGGGAGAUCACCUGUGCGGCUGGACUGGGUUUGCACGAUUCCGCGAGUGCGCCAAAGUCUCAUCCUUUGGCUGCGCUCCAAAAUGCUGGCAGGUGUGCUGCCCCAGCAUGCGCCUCGCUCGGGGGGCUGGUGGAAGAUCGCAAUUGUCGAGUUCCUGAAGUUCAUGCAGGACCGGUCUGAGAUUUUCGAAGUUGGGCAACUGGGCGGUCCACAGGCCCCAGAGAAUGGUGAGGGCAUCCGGCUUCGUCAAACCUUGGUCGGGCUAAGCGACUCUGCCUGGCAACAGACGGACCAGCUGCAAGAUGAAAGUCAGGAGCAACUUGCUGGUCGUGUUCUGACUGUCUUGCAGGCGAUGCAGGCCGAUCCUGUGAAGAAGCGUUUCUCCUAUCAGUUGCUCAGCGAGGUGGCUCAAGAUCGUGGUGUGCAGCGUCUCUUACAUGGACGAGUGUUGUCCAAAACUUUGGCGGGUGACGCAAGAUUCGAAGUGAAAGAAGAUCCCCGCCAUGGCAUAACUAUCCGGCUUUCUGGUGAUAGUGUCGUGCGGAAAGGGACGACAGACGCUGGCACAUCACCCUCAGCGGCCUCCAUGGUGUCUAUUUUGGCACGCCACGAAGGCUACGCAGUGGCUUUGGACAAACCGGCGGGCCUGACAACUGAAGAACUUAUUCAUCAUUUUGAGUCCCAAGAGAAACCAGAGGGUCCGCUCAAAAGUGUCUCACGCUUGGAUGCUCCUACCUCGGGUGCUUUGGUGGUUCCUCUUUGUCAGGACGCCAUGGAGGACUUGAAAGAUCACUUCUCAGCGCGCAGGGUCACGAAGGCCUAUUUGGCUUUGGUCUUGGGGGAGCCGCCCAAGCAUGGACAAAUUGAUGUGAAGCUUCGAGCAGUUCAGUCCGUGGAUCGCUAUCGCGCUGUCGUUCAUCCCUAUGGCAAAGAAGCUGUCACGAGCUUCCAACGGCUGGCAGUGCUUCAAGGGGAUGAGCAUCAUGAUUCUUACUCCCUGGUGCUGGCAUGGCCUUUGACUGGUCGAAUGCAUCAGAUUCGGGCCCAUUUUGCCCAUUUGGGCUUUCCCCUAGCUGGGGAUGUGCGCUAUGCACCUCGAAAGGGGUCCACUGCAUGGUCCGGGGAGCGCCUCUUUUUGCAUGCCGCUUUUAUCUCUGUGCCCUCGUCGCUGACAGCUGUGUCACCCUUGAAGGUGGAUCUCCUUGAGCCCUUGAAGGAACUUAAGAUCGACCCGCAAUUGCUGCAGCAGUUGCAGGCUCCAAAGUUUUAUCUGGAGAGAGCGGCAAAAGCAGCGUCUUUGAGUUCCAGUGAAUCCAGCAGCGCAAGUGAUGAUAGCGAUGAUGAACAUCUCCAAUCACUGCUUGCCAAAGAGAACGUGACCGAUCCAGACCCUGCCGCAGUCAUGCGGCCGGUCAUGAGUGGGCCCAGCAAAGCACCGCAGCCCCAACGUCCAGAUCUACCAGAGAUGCCACAGGAAUCUGGCUGUGGUUACAUUCCUGGGCCUCAGAUUCCAGACUCGAAGCCAUUGCCCCAGAUAGUUGCCCGCGAGCAGUCCGGAGGAGGAGCUGGCGCCGUGGUUGCCACAGUGGGAUGCUCUGUGCUGGGCUUCAUGAUGGCAGGUCCAGUGGGUGCUGUAAUUGGCGGUGGCUUGGCCAUUGCUGCAGCCUCUGCAACAAAGCGGUCAGAUCAACGGCUACCACUUGGGAUCUCCAACCUUUGCCUGCCACAGGAUCAGAUUGUGAAGCGCUCUGGCAUCACGUACUUCACAGUCACAUCCAUUUGCUGCAGCAAGAAUGAGUUCGACCUCUUCUUGCGCAGAGGCCAGGGAUCCAUCACCACACCGUCAGGCUUUGCACCCGCCAUAACUGAUGCUGGUGGCACCUUUGCCAUCGAGGUGCCACCAGGCGUUGUGGCUGGCCAAGAGCUCACGGUGAGAAGUCCAGAUGGCUCCAGUUUUCGCAUCACUGUGCCUCAGGGUAUGGGGCAGACCCUCGCGGUCCAAGUGCCAGAUGGUCGGGAGCUCACCGUUGUUGUUCCACCAGGUGACUCAGAUGAGGUCUUCCAGAUUCAAGUGCCUCCUGGGAUUGAAGCUGGCCAGAUCGUGAGCUGCACGCAAUGCAGCAUAGUCGUGAACAUCCAGGUCCCAGAUGGGCGGCAACUUCCUGUGAUGGCGCAUGAUGCCCGAGCAGAGGCACGACAAAUUGCCCAGAGAUGCCGGCAGCUGGUGGACGCAAAUUUUGCUCUUCGACGCAUUCGCCCUCCUGAAGGGAAGUUCUUCAUUGUGGACUUCGAGGUGAAUGACCACAUAGCCAAAGACCUCUACUGUGCUCAAGUCGGAGAGCGGUUCCACCAUGGAAGCAGUAUGACGGGCUCCGUCACAUUCCUACAUUGGCUUCCGGCUUUCUGCCGCAGCAGGGUCCAGCGUGACAUCCAUCAUUCGCUUCAGGAGAGCGAUGGCUGCGCACUCUGGAAGCUCAUCAGCAAGGUCCGAGAUCAUCGGGGCGAAUCUGCUUCUCCCGAGGUGUCGGCCUCCUCCAAGGUGGGACAUCUCACUGCCAGAUUCCAAGUGUUUGUUGAAGUCAGCCGUCAGUGA